CAUGUUUGUUAUUGUGGUAGAAAUGACAGCCUGUAGAGCAGCCUCAAGAUGUGACACCCAGAGCCUGCAGGGGACCACACUUUGCAGGACUGGGACCAAGUCUCCUGUGGGCUUCUGGAAACUUCCAGAAGCUCCUUGUGAAAAAUAAAGGCCCCCAGAGGGCGUGACCUCCCAGUGCGUGUGUGGUGCAGUCCCGGCUGAGUCCAGAAGGGGCGCCACGGAACAGCCAGCGCUUCUGACAGGCUGCAGCCUGCUCCGGUUUUCUGCUCUGUGGUCAUGGACGUGUUCCAGAAGGUUGAGAAGAUCGGAGAGGGCACCUACGGGGUGGUGUACAAGGCCCAGAACAAGGAGACGGGCCAGCUCGUGGCUCUCAAAAAGAUCAGGCUGGAUCUGGAGACAGAGGGGGUCCCCAGCACGGCCAUCAGGGAGAUCUCACUGCUCAAAGAGCUGAAACACCCCAACAUUGUCAGACUGCUAGACGUGGUACACAAUGACAAGAAGCUGUAUCUGGUGUUUGAAUUCGUCAGCCAGGACUUGAAGAAGUACAUGGACUCCACGCCGGCCUCCAAGCUGCCCAUGCACCUCGUCAAGAGCUACCUGUCGCAGUUGCUGCAAGGGGUGAAUUUCUGCCACUCCCACCGGGUCAUCCACCGGGACCUGAAGCCGCAGAACCUGCUCAUCAGCGAGCUGGGUGCCAUCAAGCUGGCUGACUUCGGCCUGGCCCGGGCCUUUGGCGUGCCCCUGCGCACCUACACCCACGAGGUGGUGACCCUGUGGUACCGUGCCCCCGAGAUCCUCCUGGGCUGCAAGUUCUAUUCCACGGCCGUGGACAUCUGGAGUAUCGGCUGCAUCUUUGCUGAGAUGGUGACUCGCAAAGCUUUGUUCCCCGGGGACUCUGAGAUUGACCAGCUUUUCCGCAUCUUUCGCACCCUGGGGACUCCGAGCGAGGCCAUGUGGCCAGGCGUCACCCAGCUACCCGACUAUAAAGGCAGCUUCCCCCAGUGGGCCGGGAAGGGGCUGGAAGAAGUCGUCCCCAGCCUGGAGCCUGAGGGCAAGGACCUGCUCAUGCAACUCUUGCAGUAUGACCCCAACCAGAGGAUCUCAGCCAAGACUGCCCUGGCCCACCCCUACUUCUCAUCUGCCGAGCCCUCGUCAGCGUCCCGCCAGUGUGUGCCAGAGCGGUUCUACCCCUGAGGCUCAGCGUUGGGACUCCCGGCACCCCUGCCUCCCCACUGCAGGCAGGUACAGAGAGCUCAGGCAUUUGAUGUCAGUCAUGGCAGACCUGAGUCUGAGUUAGGCCCCCACCAGCAGGUUCCAAAUUGUUCCAAAUUGUUUAUUGAGUUGGACAUGAGCGCUUCAUGACCAGUGAUGGGUGGAAGGGUGGGGAUGGGGGUGUCUGUUAGUGAUGUAGUCCCCAGUGCCCCAACAGCCAGGUGCCCAUGGCUGUGGACAGAGUCCUCCCCCAUGCCCCUUGACCCUGUGCUGGCCUGCAGCUCAUGCAGCGCCAAGCCUGGGAAAGGGUGCCCCCUGCUGGUCUCUCUUUGGAUUUCACAGGUUUGGGGAGCAGGGUUGAGUUCAGAGUUACAAGUUAAACAGAGGGGGUGAGACAGAAGUUGGGGACAGCAUAGCUGCUCUCAGUGGUGUCAGCUCACCUAAGAUCCGCCAAUGUUGGUUUGCCCAUCUUGACCCCUGAGUAAAACCUGAUGU